ACAUCUGCGCUCCCAUUCCCUUUUAGGAAGUCAUGUCGAGUUUAAAGGAGCUUUGCAGUGGGUUACCUCUCGACCCACUUCCACCCAAUCAGGGCAGGAACCCUGCUGUUCCUCAUGCACCGAUUCGUACACCAAACCUCACCACCGAGGAGAAACGACUUGCUCUGAAGAACGUGCUGAGAUAUUUUCCUCCGGCGCUACAUGCCAUUCUGGCUCCUGAAUUUGCCCAGGAACUCACGCAGUAUGGACACAUUUACAUGUAUCGGUUCUGCCCCACCCUACGCAUGAGGGCAUAUCCCAUCGAUCAGUACCCCUGUAAAACCAGGCAUGCAGCAGCCAUCAUGCACAUGAUCAUGAAUAAUCUGGAUCCUGCUGUAGCACAGUUUCCACAGGAGCUCGUCACCUAUGGAGGGAAUGGGCAGGUGUUUAGCAACUGGGCUCAGUUCUGGCUGGUGUUUCAUUACCUAAGCACUAUGACUGAGGAGCAGACACUGGUGAUGUACAGUGGUCACCCACUUGGCUUGUUUCCCAGCCUGCCCUCGUCCCCACGCUGCGUCAUCACUAACGGCAUGGUCAUCCCGAACUAUUCCUCCAGAGAGAGCUAUGAGAAGAUGUUUGCUCUUGGAAACACCAUGUAUGGACAAAUGACUGCAGGAAGUUACUGCUACAUUGGUCCCCAGGGAAUCGUUCAUGGCACCAUGCUGACCGUGUUGAACGCAGGGCGGCGCUACCUCGGCACGAGUGACCUGAGAGGCCGCGUGUUCGUGUCUUCGGGUUUAGGUGGUAUGAGCGGAGCACAAGCGAAAGCCGCCGUCAUCGCUGGAUGUAUCGGGGUCAUCGCAGAGGUGGAUGAAGUUCCUCUGAGGAAGAGACAUGAGCAGGGCUGGGUGAUGGAGGUCACAAAGGAUCUCGACCAUUGCAUCCAGCGCAUCAGGGAGGCCAGAAGAUCCAAGAUAACAAUGAGUUUGGGUUACCAUGGCAACAUUGUCGCAUUGUGGGAGCGUCUUUGGCAGGAGUAUGAGCGCACAGGAGAUUUGUUAGUGGAUUUGGGUUCUGAUCAGACGUCGCUCCACAACCCAUUUAGCGGUGGUUAUUACCCUGUCCAGCUCAGCUUCACUCAAGCCAACCAGCUCAUGAAUACAGACCCCCUGAAGUUCAGAGACUCUGUGCAUGAAAGCCUCCAGAGACACGUGGCAGCCAUUAAUAAGCUCUCGGAGAAAGGAAUGUUCUUCUGGGAUUAUGGCAAUGCCUUUCUGCUGGAGGCCAAAAGAGCAGGUGCUGAGGUGGAGAAGAUCGGAGCAGGUGCUACAGAAUUCAAAUAUCCUUCAUACGUCCAGCAUAUAAUGGGUGAUAUCUUCUCUCUGGGUUUCGGACCAUUUCGCUGGGUCUGUACCUCGGGAAACCCGGCUGACCUGGUGCAGACCGAUAACAUCGCCACUACUGUGCUGGAGGAGAUCAGCGCCACGGUUACAGAGCAAGUUCGACAGCAGUACAGUGACAACAUUCACUGGAUCCGUGAGGCUGGAAAACACAACAUGGUUGUAGGAUCUCAGGCUCGUAUUCUUUACUCAGACCAGAGAGGAAGAGUUUCCAUCGCUUUAGCCAUAAACCAGGCUAUUGCAAAAGGCAGAGUCAUGGCUCCUGUAGUGAUCAGCAGAGAUCAUCAUGAUGUCAGUGGCACCGACAGCCCCUUUAGGGAGACCUCCAAUAUCUACGAUGGGUCUGCUUUCUGCGCAGAUAUGGCUGUGCAGAACGUCAUUGGGGACGCUUUCCGAGGCGCCACGUGGGUCGCUUUGCAUAAUGGAGGCGGCGUUGGAUGGGGUGAAGUAAUGAACGGAGGAUUCGGAUUGGUUCUUGAUGGUUCUGAGGAGGCUGCAAAGAGAGCCAGGAUGAUGUUGAACUGGGACGUCUCUAAUGGAGUGGCUCGGAGGUGUUGGUCCGGAAACUCCAAUGCAUUUGAGACAAUUCAGCUCACCAUGGAGGUUCAGAAGGAGCUGCGAGUUACCAUGCCUCAUCACGUGCAGGAUGAACGACUGCUGGAACGCGUACUCAGUGAAUAAAGCUUCGCUGUAGCCUUCGUAUUCCUUCUCUAAUGAUGUUGAAGCUCGUAGACACGUUAUAUCGCAGGUUGCUUGUGUUCAUCAGACUUUCUUGACCACGCCCACAAACUCGUAAAACGUAAUGAAACGUUACAUCGUUAAGUAUAUUUGCUAAAUUGUGUUCGAAAUAUGCAUAAACUGUCUCUGCUUCAAUCCUAAUCAAUGGCGACACUUAUGGUUUAACAUUGUUUAUGAAGAGAUCCAAAAAGUGGCCAAUUGCAAUCUGAGCACUGUAACCAUAGCAACAAUGACUCCGCUUCCUGCUAGUAUCAUCUAUGCUUGCUGUCUACGUAUGAUUUAUUAUUAUUAGUAAUGAGAUAUGAUGAAAUAAAGAGCUGGUGAAACUGCU